CAAAGACUGAGUAUAACUCCCUAGACUUUCGCGCAGUUUGCCACGUAAAAAUGAGAAAGUAUUUGGUGUUGCUAGGACUGCUGUCAAUUGUCAGCAAUACGGUUGCAUCAGUUUGUGCAUAUCAAAAGUACUGCCCCAAUGGAACACUACAUGUGCUAUGCACUAAAAGGAACUUAGAUUCAUUCCAUGAGCAAUGUGGUGAAAAAUAUCAAUUAUAUACCGUUGACGGAUCUCUGAGGGAGGACAUACUGUUUCGUUUGAAUUUCGCGCGCAACAUUGUGGCCAGUGGACUAUUUGAUUAUCCACCGGCAGCUAAUAUGCCGAUCCUCCAGUGGGAUGAGUUUCUGGUCGAUACAGCCAAAAAGCUAGCGUUUUCAUGUGAUACCCGUGGCCAAUACUGUUCCAAUUCGAAAGCAUAUAAUUUUGUGUCCACUGUGCAAAUCGGGGCCCAUUUUGUAAGGGACGUAAAGCAGAAAACUGCAGUUAAGGAUCUACUCAACAUUUGGAUUCGGGAUUUGUUUGGUUGUAGUAUGGAUACUAAUGGCAUAAUAACGCGAAAGGCUGUGAAGAACUCAACCUGCCUAGGCCACUACGCGCCUCUACUCGAAGAUCGUUGCGAUAGAAUUGGAUGUGUGACAACCGCUACUUUUAAUGCAGCUGGGGAAACCACUUCAGCAAAUCUGAUUUGCAAUUUGAAUCGAGCUAACGUCAAUGAUGCGGUACCUUAUAAAAUAAGUCCGGUGCCAGCAAUUGGCUGCAGCCAGGAAAGGGAUUAUAUAUACGAGUUUUUAUGCCAACCCAGUAAACACGUCGAUAAUAAUUUUAUACCGAUAAGACGUAGCCUUAAUAAUCUCUUCAAACCAGAUAUUAGGGAGCCCUUUAUCAAGGACAUAGUUAAAGAACACUGAAAUGGAAGGAACCGAUAAGAAAAUUAUAAAUAAAAAUAUGUAAGAGUGCUGUCGUCGGUACUGUAUACCUGUACCCUUCCAUGUACUAAUAUUCCGAUUA